AUGCAUUCCUUCACAGUCUACAAAGGCAGUCAGGAUGGCUCAAUUAAGAAGGCCACUACGGAGAAAACGGAGCUCACUGGCGAUCAAGUCCUCGUGAGAGUCACUGCUUCCGGCCUCUGCGGCACUGAUGUCCACUACCGCAACACAGAUAUGGUUCUCGGCCACGAGGGCAUCGGCAUUGUGGAAGCCAUAGGUCCUGCAGUUCGCCAGCUAAAGGAGGGCGAUCGGGUGGGAUGGGGCUAUGAGCACGACAGUUGCGGCCUCUGCGAGCUUUGCCAAUCUGGCCGUGAAACAUUCUGCACAAGCCGCAGUAUGUACGGAUUUGCAGAUCUCGAUCAGGGCUCAUUUGCUUCCGGUGCCAUUUGGAAGGAAUCCUUCCUGUUCAAAAUCCCCGACGAUCUCACCGACGUCGAAGCUGCACCCCUCAUGUGUGCAGGGGCGACAGUUUUUAACGCUCUCCACAUGCUCGAUGAUGCUGCCACAGCCCGUGUAGGCGUCAUUGGUGUCGGCGGCCUUGGACACCUCGCAAUCUUGUUCGCCGCUAAAAUGGGGUGCGAUGUCGCUGUCUUCAGUAGUACCGACUCCAAAAUGGCCGAGGCCAUGAAGCUCGGCGCAAGGGCAUUCUAUUCCACCAAGGGCAAAAAAGAGCUCAGCAUUGGCGAGAAGAAGCUUGAUAUCCUGAUCGUCACCUCGAGCUCCCCGCCGGAAUGGACGCUGUACACCCCGCUCUUAAGCCCGGGUGCAACUAUUUUCCCACUCUCCAUCUCCUUUGGCGACUUCAGUAUUCCCUACCCGGCUCUUGUCUCAAUGGGUCUUCGUGUGCAAGGAUCCAUGGUCGCACCACGAGCCGUCCAAAAGAAAAUGCUCGAGUUUGCCGCCCGAAACGGCGUCAAGCCGAUAGUUCAGGCUUUUCCCAUGACGGAGAAGGGCAUAACACAGGCGUUUGAGGCAUUGGGGAAUGGGAAAAUGCGAUACCGAGGAGUGCUGAUUCCUGACGGCCGCAUGUAG